ACUCAUUACCCAAUAGUCAGGUGACAGUAUACAUAGUUACACUGUUUGCUCCUAUCAUACAAGUGUCAUUUGACAGCAAACUUGGUUGCUGUUCAGUUCAGUUCAAAAUUUCAUAUUACUUGCCUGUGUUAAAUAAUAAUUGUGUGUGUUUUCUGGGAUAUUUAUUGUAAACAAAUACUUGGACAUAAAUAUUUCAAUUGAUUUUAGAUUGUAUAAUCUUGUUUGUUGAAAGUGAAUCAUCAAAAUGGCGACAUCUGCAUUUUCUAGAAAUUUUGAUUUGGUUAAAUAUUAUUGUUGUACAAUCUGCGAGAAAGAACGGUCUGUAGAAAUAGAUGCAGAAUUUUACUGUAAAAAAUGUCGCAAGUAUUACUGCAAACCAUGUAUUCACUCUCAUAGAAAGCAUGGUUGGUGGUUUAAUAAAAAAUCUCCUUAUGGAAAGGAUAAAAUAAUGAAGUGGCCACGUUCUAAGAAAAUGGAGAAUUAUCUCAUAACAUGCAACAUACACAAGGAUGAAACAAUAACAGCAUUGUGCAAUGGCCAUAGUGAGCUGUGCUGCUCCAGAUGUGUUGAGCUUAAUCACAGCCAGUGCAGUAAAGUGACUCCAAUUAAUGAGCUGACUGACAUGCAGCCCACAGACCUACAGGGACUGUCAGUGGAGCUGGAAACUGUUCUGGGAGAAAUCAAAAGCCUUCAGAUCAGUCAGGAGCUCAGUGUUCAGGCAUUGCUAAGAACAUAUAAGGAACAUGUGGCAGUCAUGAUAGAACAAAUGCGUGGCAAUUUAAAUUUUAAUAUAGAUGAUAUAGAUGAGUGUGGUAAUAGUUAUGUGGGUACAUCAGGCGGACAUGAGCAAUAUUUAAAAGAAGAGAUGUGUAGGAGUGUUCUUUUUAUCUUGAAUGAAUUUGAUAAUAUUACUGUGAAGGAACUAAACGAGAUGAGAGAUGAAGUUAUAAGCAUAAAAGGGUCAGUUACAAGUUCUAUUCAUAAAUGCACCAGUCUUCACAAUGACUUGUCACAUUUCCAUGAAUUUGUUCAGAAAAUUGGAGAUAAUAAGGAGCUCUGCCUUAUAGCCAGCAUAAAAUGUAAGCAUAUAAUACAGCAGGCAUUAACUCUGCUAGGAAAGUCAAGCAAGGUGUUUAAUGUCCAGAGUAUUACUAAGCACAAUGUGAGAAUACCAAGUGAUAAACGUAUAUGCAAUAUCGGUGGCAUAUGUGUUCUUCCCGAUGGGCAUGUACUGGUUGUAGACUGUACAAAUCAGAAUGUCAAGAUGCUGAACCAGCAGUACCAGGUGGUGAGUCACUGGGAUGUGAAUGCUCGGCCAGUUGACAUUUGUUUGAUCACACCCAGUGAGGUUGCAGUAGCUGUGAAUGACCAUGAUAGCAAGAUACAUGAGGUCCAGUUUAUCACUGUCAACCAGGGAAAGCUCGUUCCUGGCAGGAAGUUUCAGUUACAACAUGAAUGUAGUGGUAUUGACCAUCACCAAGGAGUCCUUUUUGUCAUCUCUAGUGAAGAACUGUACAAAUACACACUGAAUGGCAAACAGGUCUGCAGUCUCUAUAGGUCAUUUGAAUAUAAAGGAGACAGGCUGUACAUCACCAGCCUCUGGCUGGACAACAAGCUUCACACCCUGGCCAGGGAUGGCACACUCCUGGCUACAUCUGGCCCAACACUGUACUACAGGUGGGCUGGGAGGGAAAGAGUAAGCUGGCUACUCUUGCUACUGAGGAGGAUGGAGUGA